CAUGACGUUAACAGUGUGUGUGUGUGUGAGAGAGAGAGAGAGAGAGAGAGAGAGAGCUGUAAACACAGGGGGCGUCUCACGUUCAACUGGGACAAUAAAGCGCUUUCUGUAUCAAUGCACAAACCAUGAGCUUACGCGAUAUGACUGUGAUAAAACUGCUUUGCCUAUUGUGCGCCCUGAAAUCCAGUCAAGGUUACUAUGGCAACCCUCUCAACAAAUACAUUCGUCACUAUGAGGGACUGUCCUACGACACAGACUUGGUGCAUGACAGACAUCAGAGAGCCAAGCGAGCCAUCUCACAUGAGGACCGCUUCCUUCAGCUGGAGUUCCACGCUCAUGGAAGGCAUUUUAACUUAAGGAUGAGGAGAGACACAAGACUGUUCUCCGAGGACUUUAAGCUGGAUGUGUCAGGAGAAGAAAUGCCCUAUGACACCUCGCAUAUCUAUACAGGAGAGCUCUACGGCGAGCAGGGCAGCGUAACUCACGGCUCUGUCGUCGAUGGGAAGUUUGAGGGCUUUAUUAAUACUCACCAUGGGACUUAUUAUGUGGAGCCUGUUGAGCGCUACCUGGGGGACAAAAAUGUGCCGUUCCACUCUGUCAUCUAUCAUGAAGAUGACAUUGAUUAUCCUCAUAAAUAUGGGCCUCAGGGUGGCUGUGCAGACCACUCAGUGUUUCAGAGGAUGAAGAAAUAUCAGGCUGCUGCUGUGGAAGAGUCUGUCAAGGACGCAGAAGUGGGAUCGGAAAAGGAGUCAUCUGAUAACCAUGUGUUACAAAGGAAAAAGAGGAUGGCACAGGUGGAAAAAAAUACUUGCCAGCUCUUCAUCCAGACGGACCACCUCUUCUACAAAUACUACAAAACAAGAGAGGCUGUCAUUACUCAGAUUUCCAGCCAUGUUAAGGCGAUUGAUGCAAUCUACCAAGGUACAGAUUUCCUGGGUAUCCGCAACAUUAGUUUCAUGGUGAAGAGAAUAAGGAUCAACACGACCAGUGACGAGCGGGACAGGUCCAACCCUUUCCGUUUCGCUAAUAUUGGUGUGGAGAAGUUUCUGGAGCUGAAUUCUGAGCAGAACCACGAUGAUUAUUGCCUAGCGUAUGUCUUCACUGACAGAGAUUUUGACGAUGGUGUGUUGGGACUGGCCUGGGUGGGAGCACCCUCAGGGAGCUCUGGUGGUAUCUGUGAAAAGACUAAGCUGUAUUCCGAUGGGAAGAGGAAGUCACUGAACACCGGGAUUAUAACAGUGCAGAACUACGCAUCUCACGUGCCUCCAAAGGUCUCCCAUAUCACCUUCGCCCACGAAGUGGGACACAACUUCGGCUCUCCACAUGAUUCGGGCUCUGAAUGCACUCCAGGGGAGUCCAAGAGCCAGGAUAAGAAGGAGAAAGGCAACUACAUAAUGUAUGCUAGAGCCACAUCAGGAGACAAGCUAAACAACAACAAGUUCUCGGUGUGCAGUAUUCGCAACAUCAGCCAAGUUCUGGAGAAGAAAAGGGGCAACUGCUUUGUGGAGUCUGGCCAACCGAUCUGCGGUAACGGCCUGGUAGAGCCAGGAGAGGAGUGUGACUGUGGAUACAAUGACCAGUGCAAAGAUCAGUGCUGCUAUGAUGCGAACCAGCCAGACAACAAGAAGUGCAAACUCAAACCUAACAAAGUCUGCAGUCCCAGCCAAGGUCCGUGCUGCACCUCCGAGUGCUCGUACAAGAGCCGGAACGAGAAGUGUCGUGAGGAGUCGGAGUGCGCCCAUCAGGGCAUGUGUAAUGGAGCGUCAGCCCAAUGCCCCACCUCUGAGCCCAAAGCCAACUUCACUGCCUGCCAUGGAGAAACUCAAGUCUGCCUUAAUGGGGGUUGUUCUGGCUCUAUCUGUGAGAAAUAUGGGCUGGAGGUGUGUACCUGUGCUAGUGGGGACGGAAAGGAUGAGACCGAGCUCUGCCAUGUUUGCUGCAUGGAGAAAAUGAACCCCAGCACAUGCAGCAGUACAGGCUCUGAGCGCCUGGCCCAAUUCUUCAACAGGAAGGUGACCACGUUGCAGGCUGGCUCUCCCUGCAACGACUUCAAAGGCUACUGCGACGUGUUCAUGAAGUGCAGGCUGGUGGAUGCCGAUGGGCCGCUGGCCAGACUGAAGAAAGCCAUCUUCAACCCUGAGCUCUAUGAGAACAUUGCUGAAUGGAUAGUGAUUUACUGGUGGGCGGUGCUGCUGAUGGGUAUUGCCUUGAUUAUGCUCAUGGCUGGAUUCAUCAAGAUUUGCAGUGUGCACACACCCAGUAGUAACCCCAAACUACCACCACCUAAACCUCUACCAGGUACUCUAAAGAGGAGACGAGCCCAACAUGCUAGCCAGCAGCAGCAACAGCAGCAGCAGCAUCAUCACCAUCAUCACCACAACCAGAACCAGUACCCUCAUGCACAUGGCCAUCAGAACCAGCGUCCCUCUCAGCGCCAGCCUCAGCCCCCACGCCACCUCCGCCAGCCGCGCGAGAAUUACCAGAUAGGCCAGAUGAGACGCUGAGAGUCCCGAUGUUCCCCAUAGCACCACUACCACACCCUGCCAGUGCCUGCCUACAUUGGGAUAACGGUCACUACAAUCACUACACCACACUGCUUCACAGCCAGAUGCAGAGGAUUGUAAUCUCAGCUCGUCGGGAAAACACUAAAUCACUUCCAGCUGUCAAGAAUUCUAAUAUUCUUACCCAUGUGCUGUUCUCCAACUCCAGUUCGGUUUAAUCAGGACUUGUUACGUAUUGCCGUAGAACAAGGCGUUACUCCAAAGAGUCCAACUGGACCAGCACAUGAAAUCCUCACUAUCAGUUUUUCACUGCAUCAAACCAGGACCGAUUUUAACAGCUUCACACUAAAAUGUGCAGUAGGUGACAAACACAAGCAGGUUUUUUUUUUUGUUUGUUUGUUUGUUUGUUUUUUUUAAAGCAGCCUUUUUUCAAAAGUCAUACACUAAAACAGGAAUCGUUUACAAUAACACGUCCAGUUCUCUCUCUCUCUCUCCAUAGAGGAUAUCUGGGCUAGUCCAUUAUGCUUCCGUUCAUUCCAGUCUUUAUACUGAGCCACUCGAACAUAGCAAAGAACAUCUCUGCUCCGUUUAGCAGAAGUGAGCUCAAACCACGUGGACAUUUCGGGUCUCUCUUUGUCAAAUCUCAGCCCAGGAAGACGAUGAGAAACAUCUCCAACCUUUACUUCAUUCCCUUGGAAAAAAACAAAAAAACAAACACCAUAAACAGCAGACAAGAAUCAAGACUUUUCCAUUAUGAAGUGUGUGUGUGUGUGUGUGUGUGUGUGUGUGUGUGUGUAUAUAUAUAUAUAUAUAUAUAUAUAUAUAUAUAUAUAUAUAUAUAUAUAUAUAUAUAUAUAUUCCCCCCACCCCCUUUUCACAUUCCCUUCACAGUUGGUUAAUUGAAAGAGUGCCAAGGUUUAAGAGACCAGGCAUAGCUUCAGCAUCCACUGUCAUUUCAGUUGUGUUUCUCUUUCAAACAGUCAGAUAACACGGUUCGAAGAUGAAAGCAUCUAUUUAUUCUUCUGAUCAAGCAAAAGAUCCAGGCUGUUAUUUUCUCCAUGCAGCAAAUGCAUACUGCACCGUUGUACAGAUUACAACUGUAUAGAGAAAAGAGAUUUGUAUUAUUACGCGAGAAAUAUUUCUUCUACUGCUCAGAACCGAAAUAAGUCGUCGCUUUGAUCAAUAUUUCUCAGGACUUGGACAGAAAUCAAGGCACUGUACAGACGAUUGAGGGUGGAGGCAUGUGCCGUUUGCAGGAGGAGGAUAACAGCAGGUAUACGUGAAGUUGUUGAAGCCGAUUGUUCCGUUUGGUUCUAUCCUUUCUUUUCUUUUUUUUUUUCCUUUUUUUUUUUUCCUCCUUCUUCUUUUUUUUUUAUUUUUAAAUAUCAAAUAAUUUAUCCAGUGUUUUUGUUUGGUGGAGCGGUCCACUACACAUAUCCACUAAAAAACUCUGGAGUGAAGAAACGUUAACCUCAUGUUUUCGCUAUUUUCUCAUCUCUCGUCACCUCGGAUUUCACUCGGUGUCAUAAUCUGGAAGGUUAAUCUGCACAGCUAGUGAAUACGUGUAUUUUUGAACGCGCAUGCUGCAAGUGCUCUCGGAGAGACCUCAUUCCAGCGAAGUUAAAUGUGUACGUUAAUACGAAGGGUACUUACACGGUUAAGACUUGAUUAUCCGUUUACGGUUCGCACGUAACGACCGUAAUCAGUUAUUCAUUUGGGAGAACAGCUGCAUUUACCGGCAGUUAACUUUUUGCUAAUGAAGACACUUGUCACGCCUCUGGAUUAACCAGUGUCUUUAUGAAAUACCAGCAAUGACAAGUUGUCAUGUUGAUCUUCGUUAUCUUUAGCCUUGGUUAAACCACACUACACUUGACGUGUCCGUUUGAAGCGGAUCCACGGUUAAUAUUACAAUUUAACAAGUAGGAAUACUCAACACUUUUACUAAAGAUUAAAACAUUCCAAAUUUUUGCCUGCACUUAUUAGGCGAGGAAAUAUUUCUGAUUUAAUCUGCGUAAAUGUAAGGAUCCGAUUGUUUAACCAUGUGAUGUAUAUUAUUCAUAGCACAGUUUAUUAUUCAUAGCACAGUUUACUUAAAUUGUAAGUUUGUUUGUUUGUUUUAGUCUUAUUAAAUUCUUCAUGGGAAAUGUUUGCUUUGCCAUAAUUGGUUUCUUUGUGUUAAACUUUUUAACUGCAGCUUGUGCAACAAAAUAAAGACCAUUUAAAUGAAUUAAGCAAACAUUUUCCCAUUACUACUUGACUCUUAAAAUAAAAAAACUUUACAGUAGAGUUUACAGUAGCAUUUCUGAUUAACAUAAACACAAUGAAUUAGUUAUGAAAUGCUAAGUGAGAGUGAGAUGUCAAGACCUUAUGAAUCAGCGACAUUUCCGUCAACCCAACACCGACAUGUAUAAAGGUACGCCGUGUUUCUGAACCCAUGCUGUAAAGCGGACGAGCGGGCAGCAAAGACGGGAGUUUCUCAGAGUCUUAGCGGGGACGGCAGUGUUUGACCUCAGGUCACCUCUCACUUUCACAAUGAGAGCCUCACACAAACAGAAUCGUUUUGAGUUUCUUAGUCAUUGUGUUUACUUCCAUCGGUAAGGAUUUUAUGGGUACACAGAGGUUCAGACUUCGGCUUGGAGCCCGAUUGUGCUUUUCUGUCUUUUUAAAUGCAUUAAACAGAAAUUGUGCUACAUGGAGUGACUGGGCUUCAUUUUGUGAGAGCCACUGAUGUGAGAUCUCUGUCUUAAAGGGUCACGGAGCAGCUUUGGAUGCCAUCAGGAAAGCUGUUCUAUGGACACCACUGUAAACUGUUGUAUACUAUGUACAGUUCCUGGAGCAUUUCUUUUAAAUUUGAAGAUAAAUAUGAGAUUUUGAUACUUGUCUGUCUAUUUUUCCCGUCUUCUUCUUUUUUCUUUUUUUUUUUUUUUGAACGUUUAAAUGUGACCAUAUAGUGAUAUUUUCUCUUGAUUCUGAAAACAUUCCUUUUCUUUUCUUUAAUUUCCACUACAUUCGUCGAAAUAGGCUUGCAUAUUAGAACACUACUCUUUCUUUAUGGCAGCAAUCAGAAUAUUUAAAUACGACGACGUGCAUAGUUUUUCUCUUCUUUUUUUGUUUUCUUUUUUUUUUUUGUCUGUUUCUCAUGUGGUGUGACAUGGAUAGAGGAGGAAUACCUGCCUGUAUCUGACAUUUCUUUUACUGGUUUUUAUUUUGUGUAGUCUUGGUGAAUCUUUAUAGAAAAAAAAAAGUGCACUGAAAAUUGUCUGAAUCGAGUCAAAAUUAUUGUAGGUGGUAUAUAGGCAGAAAGAUCACAAAAGUUAGACGCAAACAACAACAAAAAAUACUACUACUGUCUGUUAAUGUUAACUGUGUUUUAUACAGUACCUAAAUUUUUGUUCACUUUGAACAUUUUUACUUAACAUUUCAAAACGUAUUGUGCAAAGAGAUGUAAUUUUGAGUACUUGAAAUGCAUUAAUAAAAAUGGUCAAUCGAAAUGA